CCCUCGCCGCAGCUCUUAGUGCUCGCGCCGCCGCUGCUCCGCCCCGCGCCGGCGUCGCGCACACUCCCUCGGCCGCCCCGUUCCCUCCACACCCCCUCCCCGCUGCCGCCGGCAUCCUACCCUGCGGGUGCGCAGGCGCCGGUGGCCGGGGCGUGGGGGACUAGUGUUGCCGCUACCUCCCCUACGCUCGCCCGUGUGUUGGGUGCGUGGGGGGCAGGGACUCACGCUGCUGGUGGGGGCGGUACCCUCACCGCCGCAAGCGCCGUCGCUGCCCUUGCUGCUGUGGCGGACGAUGUUCCCGCAGGGGUUGAGGGUCCGGGGGACCAUCCCCCUCCGCCGGUCGUCGAUCUGCCUCCUGUCGUCUAUCCGCCGCCUCCUCCACAUCCUACACCGGUCUCCUAGCAGGGGUACACCGUCGCUGCCCUCGCCGCUGCCCGUGCGGAGCACGCGGCGCGACAGGCCCGCAUGCGGGAGGCGGCCCUCAUGUGGGAGCGCGAGCGCGAGGCCACCGAUGCUAUCGCUGCUCAGAUUGCCGCGGCGGAGCAGCUGCUCGCUUCACCUGCAGCCCACGACGGCGGGGCCACCUCCUCUGAUACCGCGGGCGUCGUGUACGGCAUCCCGCCCGCGCCGGUCGUUGGAGCCGGGCACCGCACCACCUUCACCACCACGGUGCCCUGGCACGACCCGGCCGACCCGCUCGUGGCUUAGCUCUACCUUCAGGCUGGGAGUGUCCAGAAUAUUCGCCUGAUGGUCCCCGUCGUCCUAGAGCUGGAGUCGCCGUCCUACGCUCGCUGGCGGUACCUGCUCCUUCUCACCCUUCGUCGCUACGCCCUGGACGACCACGUCCUCCGCGACCUCGCCGGCGUGGCGCCGACCGCCGCGUGGGUGCGCCUCGACAGCAUCGUGCUCGCCUGGAUCGUGGGGACGAUCUCCGUCGACCUCCACAGCCUCCUCCGGAACCUUCCUCACGCUCGGGCUGCCUGGCUGGCCAUCGAGGGCCAGUUCCUGGGCAACGCCGAGGCCCAGGCUCUCCGCCUCGACGCGACCUUCCGCACCUUCGUCCAGGGGGACCUCAGCGUCGGUGAGUACUGCCGCAAGAUGAAGACCAUGGCGGACUCACUUGGCGAUCUAGGCUGCCCCGUGGAGGACCGUGCCCUCGUCCUCAACGUCCUCCGCGGCCUCAGCGAUCGCUACACCCACCUCCGGUCGUUGAUCAUGCGCCAGCGCCCCUUCCCCACCUUCCUCCAGGUCCGCGACGACCUUGCCCUGGAGGAGAUCACUCUGGGUGCUCAGGCUGCAUCGAUCUCCGGCCCGGGAUCCUCGUCUUCCUCGACUGCGCUGGCGGCUACCACCCCGACCCGUCCACCCGGGCCGGUCGGGGGCAGCGGGGGCCGAGGUGGUAGAGGCGGGGGCGGUGGGACCCCAGCAGGGUGCGCCUUGGCCCACCUUCCACCACCCGUGGUCAGGGCGCAUCUCCAUGUGGCCGUUCCAGGGGCCAGGUUCUGAGACUCGUCCCCCGGCGGCCAUGUUCGCCGGUGCGCAUCCAGGGUUCUCCUUCGCCUCUCCGUCGCCCUGGACCUCGACACCUGCCGCUUCUUCGUGGUCCACGCCGCCGGCUGCUCCACCGUCCGGACUGGUUGGUUGGGACGCGGCCGCCUUGGCUGCCUUCCAAACUCCCACUGACUCCGCCGACGGGUCCCGAGUGGAUCGCGGACACCGGUGCUACCUACCACAUCACUCCCGACCCUGGUAUACUCACCUCAGUUCGCCCUCCUUCCUCUCUUCCUUCGUCCAUCAUGGUGGCGAAUGGCUCGUGUCUUCCGGUCACAUCUGUGGGUACCGCCGGCACUCCCAGCUCUUUUCGCAUUCCUGAUGUUCUUGUAGCUUCUUCUUUGGUCCACAAUCUUCUCUCUAUUCGUCGUUUUACCGCUGAUAAUUCUUGUUCUAUCGAGUUUGACUCUUCUGGUCUUACUGUGAAGGACUCGGCAACUCGGCGCCCCCUCCUCAGAUGUGACAGCACCGGCCCCCUCUACACCCUUCGGCUUCCGCACGCCACCUCUUCUUCGUCUUCGUCGCCUGACAAAGCUGCUGUUUUUGCUGCCACUACACCUUCUACUACCUGGCAUCGUCGCCUUGGUCACCCCGGACGCGAUGCCUUGAUACAGCUUACUCGUAGUGCCACUAUCCCAUGUACUAGAUCACAUGAUGAGCAUCUUUGUCAUGCGUGCCAGUUAGGCCGCCAUGUUCGUCUUCCUUUUUCUUCUUCUUUCUCGCAUGCUACUCAUGCAUUUGAUCUUGUACACUGCGAUUUGUGGACUUCACCUAUUACCAGUAUGUCAGGCUACAAAUACUAUCUUGUGGUGCUUGAUGAUUUUUCUCAUUAUGUGUGGACUUUUCCUUUGCGUGCCAAGUCUGAGGCUUUCCCCGCCCUCCGCCACUUCUUCGCCUGGGUGACCACUCAGUUCGGCCUCACCAUUAAGGCCGUUCAGUGUGACAAUGGUCGGGAGUUCGAUAACUCCACCUCCCGUGACUUCUUUCUCUCCCACGGGAUGCAGUUGCGGAUGUCUUGCCCGUAUACCUCCCUCCCAGAACGGCAAGGCUGAGCGCAUGAUCCGCAUGACCAACGACACCAUCCGCACUCUUCUUCUCCAGACGCACCUUCCGGCACGCUUCUGGGCCGAGGGCCUCCACACCUCUACCUACCUCCUCAACCGUCUCCCUUCCACUGCGUGCCCGGCUCCCACUCCUCACCAGGCACUCUUCGGUACCCCUCCGCGCUAUGACCACCUUCGUGUCUUCGGGUGUGCUUGCUACCCGAACACCGCUGCCACUGCUCCUCAUAAGCUAGCACCCCGUUCCACCCUCUGUGUGUUUCUCGGGUACUCCCCGGACCACAAGGGCUACCGCUGCUUUGACCUCUCCUCUCGUCGGGUCCUCAUCUCUCGCCAUGUGGUGUUUGAUGAGUCCGUGUUUCCCUACUCCACCACCACCACACCACCCUCCUUCGACCGUGACCUUGACCUCUUCACUCUCUUUCCUACUGAUGCGGUGGUCGAGCCACCUAUACUUCCUCUCUCUGCAGGUACUCGCUCGCCGCCUGUCGGUCCUACUCCCGGCCCAGUGCCUUGCCCGGGUCCGGUGGUGUCGCCUACAGUGGUGUCGCCUCUCCGCGGGGCCCCGUCUCCGACUGCCCUCGGGUCGAGCGGGCCUUCACCGCCUACGGGGCCGUCGCUACCAGCCCCUCCGGCCCGCUUCGCACAGCCGGUGCGUGUCUACUAGCGCCAGCCCCCAGUGCCCAUGUCGCCGGCCGCGGGACCGCCGCCGCCGGCCCCUCCGGCACGCUUCGCCCAGCCGGUGCGCGUCUACCAGCGCCGGCUACCGCCGUCGGGGUUCGCACCGCCGCCGCCGUCCCCACCGGUAACCUCUCCUCCGGCGGCGCCGCCGGUGGCCCAGUCCUCGCCAGGGACACCUACACCUCCGCCGCGGCCACCCGCGGCACGUGUCGAGACGCCGGCGUACCACCCGCCGCUCCUUCACCGCAACUCACGGCACGUCCACCCGAUGGUGACGUGGCACGCGGCUGGUACCCUGCCGCCUCGGGUCCUGGCGGCCACGCCCGGGGACUCGCAGGUUUCUCCGGUACCCUCCUCCGUCCGCACCGCCCUGCUGGACCCCCACUGGCGUCGGGCGAUGGAGGAGGAGUACGCGGCACUCGUCGCCAACCAGACGUGGGAUCUGGUUCCCUGUCCGCCCGGCGCCAACGUCGUCACCGGCAAGUGGAUCUGGACGCACAAGCGGCGGGCCGAUGGUACCCUAGAGCGGUACAAGGCUCGCUGGGUUCUUCGGGGCUUCACUCAGCGCCCCGGAGUCGACUACGAUGAGACCUUCAGCCCGGUUGUGAAGCCGGCCACCGUCCGCACGGUACUCUCAUUGGCCCUUGCUCGCUCCUGGCCAGUCCACCAGCUCGACGUCAAGAACGCCUUCCUGCACGACACCCUCCCCGAGACCGUCUACUGCUGUCAGCCGGCGGGGUUCGUGGACUCCUCUCGCCCUGACAUGGUCUGCCGGCUCAACAGGUCCCUCUACGGUCUCAAGCAGGCCCCCCGGGCGUGGCACUCCAGACUGGCUACGUUCUUGGUGACACUGGGCUUCGUGGAGGCUAAGUCAGACACGUCUCUGUUCGACCACCAUCAUGGAGCAGAGACUGCCUACUUGCUUCUCUACGUGGAUGACAUCGUCCUCACCGCCUCCAGUCUGUCACUUCUUCGCCGCCUCAUCGACGCGCUUCAGCGGGAGUUUCUGGUCAAGGAUCUGGGUGUGCUUCACCAUUUCCUGGGGGUCACUGCUGAGCCUCGCCCCUCAGGACUCCUUCACCAGCGACAGUACACUCUUGACAUUCUGGAGCGCGCCAAGAUGAUUGACUGCAAGCCCUGCUCCACCCCAGUCGACACGCAGGCGAAGCUCUCUGAGGCCGAGGGUGACCCAGUCGAGGACCCCACUGGGUACAGGAGUCUUGCCGGUGCCCUUCAGUACCUCACCUUUACCAGGCCGGACAUCUCCUACGCUGUGCAGCAGGUCUGUCUCCAUAUGCACGACCCCCGGGAGCCCCACCUCGCGGCUCUUAAGCGCCUCCUCCGCUACCUCCGGGGCACCAUCGACUACGGGCUUCUGCUUCACCGGUCCACCGCCUCCGAGCUGGUCGUGUACACCGACGCUGACUGGGCCGGGUGCCCGGACACUCGGCGCUCCACCUCCGGCUAAGCCGUCUUCUUAGGCGGCAACCUGGUGUCCUGGUCGUCGAAGCGCCAACCGGUCGUCUCCCGCUCGAGCGCCGAGGCGGAGUACCGUGCCGUGGCCAACGGCGUGGCGGAGGCUGCGUGGCUCUGAAAGCUCCUCGCUGAGCUCCACAGUCCCCUCUCCAGGAGCACGUUGGUCUACUGCGACAACGUCAGCGUCGUCUACCUCUCCACCAACCCGGUGCAGCACCAGCGGACCAAGCAUGUGGAGAUCGAUCUUCACUUCGUUCGAGAUCGCGUCGCCGUCGGCGAUGUUCGGGUACUCCACGUGCCGACCACCUCCCAGUUUGCCGACAUCUUCACCAAGGGACUUCCGUCCUCGACCUUCGCCGAGUUUCGCUCGAGCCUCAACAUCAGUAGUGGCUAGUUGAGUCUGAGGGGGGAUCCUAUGCUGUGACGGAAGUUCGGACUGCGGGGGGGGGGGGGGGGGGAGGUGUUAGAGUAUAUGGGGCCCAUGAGGCCCAUGUAUGAAUAUGGUAUAGCCACCCUCUAGGGUUGGCCCAAUAAGCAACUUCACUCUCUCCAACAGAGGCCUCUGGUUCUGCUAACAUAUUAAGUUGCAUGUACCAACGAGUUCAACCCAAAAGAUUAAACUGAUGAAGAGAUGUGGGCAAUUCACUUGUAUUUUAACACUCUUCUCAAAUCGAGGUUCUCUCACGCUUCAGACGUGGAAUAGGAGCGAGCAAUAAUUAUUUUAUUUAAUUGUGCUAACCAGUAUUUGAACUCAAGACCUCUGGUUUUGGUACCAUAUUAAGUUACACGCAUCGACCAGUUCAAUGCAAAAUAUUAAGUUGAUGGAGAGAGGUUCACUUGUAUUCUAACACUCGUCACGUCGAGGCUCUCUUAGGCAGCCCCGGUCCUAUGAUUUUGAGGGCCCCGGGCGAACUGAUCGUGGUGGGCCCUCUAGACUAUAAAAAAAUUCUAUAUUAUGCAGCAGAGCAUAUUAAUAUUUCGUAAAUAAAAGAUGAUGUGUAUUGAAAUUAUUUUAAAAAAUAUAUAAGAAGCUAGGUAAUAUACAUCGAUACAGAUUAGCGCUUCGCAGUUUGAAAAAUAAGAACGACGAUCGCUGAAUAACCUAAAUUCUGAUUGCUCGACCGUGCGUGUCUGGAGGCUAGCGCAGUGGUUCCCAGCUCCCUGGAAUUCUGGAGGGUUGGAUUGGCGAGAUGGCGAACGACGAUCGCGUGGAGCGUGUGGUCUCAUAGACGCUCGGGGACGUGAGCGUGACGACUGACAACUGGGCAGUGGGCAACGGUGCCACGUGGUCCGUGUGCGCCCGGGCGUCCGUGUGCCCAGCCCUCCUACCUUGUUGGCUACCUAUACUAUUUUAAUACUAGCAUAUAACCCGUGCUAACGCUACGUUCCUGGGAAGAGGAGAGGGGUGGACGAUGACGGUGGUGGCGCGAGGAGAGGGAUUGAUGGCGGUGGGGACGCGAGGAGGGGAGGGCUAAAGGAUGAUCAAAUAAUAUUGUUUAUUAGAUUUGAGUGAGCAAAAAAGAUGAUGUUAUUCAACGAUCUGAACCGUUGAUUUUGAUGGUAUGUUAAAUAUGGGUGCAAUUUGUUUUAUGGACUUCGUAAAUAUUAUAGGUGUGUAGGUUAUUUGGUUAGAUGUGUUUUGUAAAGUGUAAACUGGUGUAUUAUAUGGUGUUAUAGAUACUAAAUAUUGGUCCCCUAAUAGUUUUGGGCCCCGGCCGUCGCCUCCGUCGCAUAGGCUCAGGGCCGGCCCUGCUCUUAGUCCUCGGGCGUGAAAUAGGAGCAGCAUGUCAGGGAGGCACUGUUCACCCGAUUACUGUAGAGCGUGAACAAUACCGAGAUUAGAUCAGAUUAGAUUAGUUGGUUUGUUAGGCAAAAAGAUAAUGAUUAGAUCAUAUUAGUUAGGGAAGAGAUAAGGAUUAGAUCAAAUUUGGUUGAUAAGGAUUGGAUCAGAUUAGUUAGAGAAGAGAUAAAGAUUAGAUCAGAUUUGUUUAGUUGGAAAGAGAUAAGUCAGUUGUCUCUAUAAAAGGAACACUAUUGUAUCAGUUAAGGGUAAGGAAGAAUUAGAAGUACGCCUUCUUCUUGCCUGGCCGUGGGUAGAGGCUCUCGUCCGACGUUCCUACAACUACAACUCCCUCUCCAAUUCCUCAAUCCCAUUGUAGUCCAUAACAGAGCAAUAAUUAUUUUAUUUAAUUGUGUUAACCAGGAUUCGAGACCUCUAGAUCUGGUAUCAUAUUAAAUUGUAUGCACCAACUAGUUCAACCAAAAAACGUAAGAUGAUGGAGAGAGUUGAGCAAUUCACUUAUUCUAACACAUAUAUGAUAUAUGAGCCAUCCCACUAUUAUGAUUGUUUAUAUGGGUUUGUGUAGUGACCCCAAGAGUAGCUCAGGACUGCAGUUGAAAGCUGAUGUAUGGGCUCAUGUAUCUAACACUAUCUGUUCUGUUCAGACAAUAUAUGUUUCAGUACCUGUCAUUUAUAUUCAUGUUACUGAUAGAACCAUGAUAUAUACUGGGUAGAUCCCUGGCUAACCAAACAAAUGGUGGAGACAUGGAUUAGUGCUUAUGGGAAAAUCAUCCCCAACAGGGAUUGAAGUGACAGCCAGGGAUCCACUCAUCCCCUGGGUGGAAAAAUUCAGGUUGUGGAUUGGAUUGCUAGCUACCGAACAAGCCCUCAGCGUGCUAAUUUCAAUGGAAUCUUGGUAGACACCACUGAACUUCUUGGUUUCCAAUUAAGUUCGAGCAUAGAGAUCGUCUUCUCUCACACUGAGUUGCCAGUUUAUUCCGAAGGUCCUUCAAGCUAAGUUCUGAUGAUGGCUAAGGCCAAUGGAGCAGUCCAUGCAUCCACGAAGGAACCCUUGUUUUCUUUUGGUGUCAUAGCUGAUGUUCAGUAUGCUGAUAUCCCAGAUGGUCGCUCAUUCCUCGGUGUCCCAAGAUACUACCGCCAUAGCAUCACUGUCCUCCAAAGGGCCGUCAACAGGUGGAACGAACAAGGCAACAUCAAGUUCUCAAUCAAUUUUGGUGACAUUAUUGAUGGCUACUGCCCAAAGGACAAAUCAUUGUGGGCGGUGCAGAAGGUCCUUGAUGAAUUUGACAAGUUUGAUGGCCCGACAUAUCACAUGAUUGGCAACCACUGCCUGUAUAACCUUCCGCGCAGCCAGCUGGUGUCUCUGCUUAAGAUUGCAACAGAUUCUGAUCGUGCCUAUUAUGACUUCUCGCCAUGCCCUGGGUUCAGAAUCGUUGUUCUGGAUGCUUAUGACUUCAGUUGCCUUGGCUGGCCCCAUGAUCACCCUGUGACUAUAGCAGCAAUGAAGCUCCUGGAUGAGAAGAAUCCAAACACUGAUAAGAACAGCCCUGAUGGUCUGGUUGGUGUUGAUAGGCGGUUCGUGAAGUUCAAUGGUGCAGUUGGCAAGGAGCAGGUGUCCUGGCUCAAUGAUGUCCUCCAGGACGCAUCGACGCAACAUCAAAAUGUCAUCAUAUGCAGCCAUCUCCCAAUGGAUCCCGGGGCGUCUUCCCCAGCAGCUCUGAUGUGGAACUACGAUGAGGUGAUGGCUAUUGUUCACCAGUACAACUGUGUCAAGGCCUGCUUUGCCGGUCAUGACCACAAGGGUGGCCACUCUGUGGACUCACACGGUGUGCACCACCGCACCCUUGAGGCUGCCUUGGAGUGUCCUCCUGGUACCAGCGCUUUUGGUCACGUCGAAGUGUAUCCUAACAGGCUGCUGCUUGUAGGUUUUGACAGAAUGGCUGAUACAGAGGUCCGUUUUUGAGCCAUUAAGCGGCUUUAAUUCGUACCGACUUCUACUACUUCUAUAAUGUUUUUGUCUAUAUAGAUUACAGCUGCAGCAGUCCAAACGCUGGCUUUAAUCCGAUGCUUACACAAAUUCAUGUGACUUCAUUGCCUGCCGCAUAAUUCCAUUGAAACUGGAUUAUUGCAAUAAUGAAAUGAAUUCCUUACGGUA